CUGAUGUCACUCAUUAAUCCCAGAGCGACUUGAAAUACCCACGGCGUUUCUCGCGAGCUCGGAGUGUAGCAGCAUGAGCGCGAGCAGCUCCGCGGCUGCUCGGCGCGUGCCACCGUUUACGACAGCUCAGCGUAAACAGCCAUGGCUGCCCUGCGCAGGCUCGUGCGUUCGUUAGCCCGCGGCUCCGGAGCAGGGACGUUUACCUCGCGGACGCAGCGGACCCCUUCAACUGCGACGACGGCGCUCAAAGUCUUCGCCGCGGGAGCGUGUGUCACCGCCGCGGUCGGAGCAGCGUAUUACCGCUCGUGUGCGAGCGGGCGCUCCGGACCGAAAAGCCGCGUCGAGGCUCGACUGUUGCACCUGGCGUUGCCGUCAGUUUCCGCCACAGAUAAGGUCAGCACCUACGGUCUGGAUCAUGGAGAUGUGUACAUGUCCUCCUAUGAAAACAGGUUCCGUCUCUUCAGCUCAGUGGAGUUUGAGGGUCAGCUCUACAUGACUCCACUCAACUUCAUCGAAUCUGUGACUCUGAAUGAACCCAAGAGCAGAAGAGCAUGGAAGGCAGUGACAAAAAAGGAGUUAGACAAGAUGCUGGCUGAUACCCCACCUGUUUGGAAAGGAUCAUCCAAUUUGUUUAGAAAUCUUCGUGAACGAGGCGUCAUCAGUUACACAGAGUAUCUCUUCCUGUUGUGCAUUUUAACAAAGCCCCAUGCAGGCUUCAGGAUUGCCUUUAACAUGUUUGACGCUGAUGGAAAUGAAAUGGUGGACAAAAGGGAAUUCUUAGUGCUGGAAGAAAUUUUUCGUAAGAAAAAGGAUAGAAAAGAAACCACAGAAGAUUCACAAAGACUUUACCUGCAGAGCUUGCAGCUCUACGGUCAGCGGACGUCCCAGAGCACUGUUCUGAGAAAAGACGGGCAGCAUGUGGAGACACGAGGCAUGUGGGAUGUUCUCAGACGUGGCACAAGUCAAGUUCUGUUUUCUGAGCUCACGGAGCAUGUGGACGACAAGACAGAAACAACGCUGCUGGUGCAUUUCUUUGGGAAAAAAGGCAAAGCUGAACUAAAAUUUGAAGAUUUUUACAAGUUCAUGGACAACCUGCAGACGGAAGUGCUUGAGAUCGAGUUCCUCUCCUACUCCAAGGGCAUGCCCACCAUCAGUGAGGAAGACUUCGCCCAGAUUCUUCUCCGCUACACCAAUGUGGACGAUGUGAGCGGAUACUUGGAGAACGUGCGCCACAGCAUGCCGGAUGAAAAGGGAAUCACAUUUGAGGAAUUUCGCUCCUUCUUCCAGUUCCUGAACAACUUGGAGGAUUUUAAAAUUGCGAUGCAGAUGUACAACUUUGCCAAUCGCUCCAUUGGACAAGAGGAGUUUACUCGUGCAGUCUAUGUGGCGACGGGCAUCAAGCUGACCCGACACUUGGUCAACACCAUCUUCAAGAUCUUUGAUGAGGACCGCGACGAUAAACUGAGCCACAAAGAGUUCAUUGGCGUUAUGAAGGACCGGCUGCACCGCGGCGAAGGGGGUGUCAGAGUGGAGGAAAAGUUCACCUCUUUCAAGUCCUGCAUGAGAAAGGAACUUUCAGGCAGAUAGGUGGACAUCCCUGCACCACUGCCAACCUACAGGCUGGAUGAACUAAAGGGGUUAUUGCAUGUUGCAGCACAUUGGUAAAAUGUGUUUAAAGUCUUAGAAAUAAACAGGAUGUAACACAAACAGGAUGAACCUACUGUAAAAAGAUAAUCCUCUCUGCUUAAUGAUGUCAGACUGUAUUGAUUCAUCUUUCAAAAUAUUUGAUUUUUCUGUUUAUUGAAAGGUCCAAAAGUAUUACAUUACUACUGUGUAUAUAUUUGAACUAAUUCCUCUAAGCCUGGUGCUGUAUAGCGGCACCGCCACUCAGGCUUCAGUCCCUCAUGUACAGAUCGCUCUCCCAUAGCGCUGCAGGUAAAACCCUCCAGGAUCCCUCGAGUCGGUGGCUCUUCCCUGUCUCUAGCUGCGGGCAGAUCCCAGCGUUAAUCAUUUCUGGGCUGGUAAACAGAGGUGCUGUUACCAUGCCACUGGCAGGGGUGACCUCUUUAUGACUAAAUAUGCAGGAUCUCGAAGCCAUAUGUUUGUUCCCUGUUUAGACAUUCAGCUUAAAUGAGUGUUGGUUUUUAAUGGGGAGUGAAUGAACUCAAGCGUCCCUGCAGGCCCAUGUUUACGAUGGGUGGAGGUCUCCACAUCUUACUAUUAACCAGGCUAAUGUAUUUAUGUUCUGUUUACAGAUUUGCAUCAGUUAUUAAGCUACCAGCUUUAGAAAUUUGCCAUGUACUGUAUCAUUCUGUUAAAGUAGGCUCUGACUGUUACACUCAUGUUACAGCACAGGUGCAUUUAAAAUCGCGCAGUGCAAUAAAUAGAAGGCAAAACCGUU